AUGAAUUCACCUCCUCAGAUUAUGAAAUGUAGUUUGGAAUUGGACAUCAUAGCCAGCAGCAUCAAUCCCCCACAGGCAUGGGACCGCAAAUAUCGCAUUUUUGGAGUGCAAUUUUCUGGCAACAACCAGCAGAAGAGUCCAGACAAAAACAUAUCUGUCACCAUUCCCACUUAUCCUCACUCUCCUUUGAAGUUUUACAAUGAUUAA